GGCCCGCCCAGGCCGGGCCGGCUGGCUGGCUGUGGCGGCGGCGGCGGCUGCGCGCUGCGGUUCUGCGCUCUCAUCAUGGCGGCGGCGCGGGGCCAUGUGCAGGACCCCAACGACCGGCGCCUCCGGCCCAUUUACGAUUACCUUGACAAUGGCAAUAAUAAAAUGGCAAUCCAGCAGGCAGACAAGUUGCUGAAGAAACACAAAGACCUUCACUGUGCUAAGGUUUUGAAAGCAAUCGGCCUGCAAAGAACCGGGAAGCAAGAUGAAGCAUUCACUUUAGCACAAGAAGUAGCUGCUCUUGAACCCACGGAGGAUAAUUCGUUACAAGCUCUGACUAUUCUAUACCGGGAAAUGCAUCGGCCGGAGCUGGUCACAAAACUCUACGAGGCAGCUGUGAAGAAAGUUCCCAGCAGUGAAGAGUAUCAUUCCCACCUCUUCAUGGCCUAUGCAAGGGUUGGGGAAUACAAGAAGAUGCAACAGGCUGGAAUGGCACUUUAUAAGAUUGUUCCCAAAAACCCUUACUAUUUUUGGUCUGUGAUGAGCUUAAUUAUGCAGUCUAUAUCUGCACAGGAUGAAAAUCUCUCAAAAACCAUGUUUUUGCCUCUAGCUGAAAGAAUGGUAGAAAAAAUGGUAAAGGAAGAAAAAAUUGAAGCUGAGGCAGAAGUUGAGCUUUACUACAUGAUUCUAGAACGCUUGGAGAAAUACCAGGAAGCUCUGGAUGUUGUGAGAGGAAAAUUAGGAGAGAAGUUAACCAGUGAGCUCCAGAGCAGAGAGAACAAGUGCAUGGAGAUGUACAAAAAACUGGGCAAGUGGCCAGAAUGCAACGCACUCUCCAGGAAACUUCUGCUGAAAAACCCAGAUGAUUGGCAGUUUUAUAUGAUCUAUUUCGAUUCCAUCUUUCAACUGAUUGACGCAGCCUGGACUCCCCCAGCUGAAGGAGAGCACUCUCUCGAAGGCGAAGUGCAUCACAGCACAGAGCAAGCCAUGGCUUUCAUAGAGCAGAGGAUAACACAAGAAGCCAACAGCGCCCGGCCACUCCGGGGACCUUUCCUCGCCCGACUGGAGCUGAUCAGGCGCUUGCGGCACCGAGGCUGCAGUGAAGAACACAAAUUGGGUGAUCCAGAAGAGCUGAUGUUCCAAUAUUUCAAACAAUUUGGGGACAAACCCUGCUGCUUUACUGAUCUCAAGGUGUUUAUAGAUCUCCUCCCACCAACCCAAUAUACAAAGUUCAUCAACCAGUUGCUGGGGGUCAUCCCCCUGUCUGCACCAGCAGAAGAGAAACUUGCACUACCAGCUAACAUCAAAGCUUUGCAGCAACACUUGUGUGUCGUGCAGUUGACAAGGUUGCUUGGCCUCUACCACACCAUGGACAAAGCCCAAAAGCUGGGAGCCAUCCAGGACUUGAUGUCACGAUAUCGGCACGGACUGGAUUUUGGAAAAUCUUGUUUGAAAACAGAGUUGCAGUUUUCCGACUACUACUGUCUGCUUGCUGUUCACUUGCUCCUUGACAUCUGGCUAGAGGCAGGUGAGGAGCCGGCUGCCUGGCACUGCUUGACUUUACUAGAAGAAGGGCUGGCUCACAGCCCCUCCAAUGCUCAGUUCAAAUUGUUGCUCAUCCGGAUCUACUGCAUGCUUGGGGCGUUUGAACCAGUCGUGGAGCUUUACUCCAGCCUCGAUGCCAAGCACAUACAGCACGACACCAUCGGUUACUUGCUGACACGCUAUGCCACAGCCUUCGGUCACUAUGCUGCCGCAUCACAAUCCUGCAACUUUGCACUCAGGUUUUUCCACUCCAACCAGAAAGAUACCUCAGAAUACAUUAUUCAAGCCUAUAAAUAUGGUGCAUUUGAGAAGAUCCCAGAAUUCAUUGCUUUCAGGAACAGACUAAACUCCUCGCUUCACUUUGCACAAGUCCGCACAGAACGGAUGUUACUGGACCUCUUACUUGAAGCAAAUAUAUCAGUGAGUUUGGAAGAAAGUAUAAAGUCCAUGAGCCUAAGUCCAGAAGAGGAUGACAUUCCCUGGAAUGACCUGCGGGACAACCGAGACCUCACUGUCUUGUUUAAUUGGGACCCAAAAGACAGGGGCAUUUCUGAAGAACACAAGGAACUCUCCUUGGAGGAAGAGACCAUAUGGUUGCAGAUCCGAUCUUUGAUGUUGCGGCUCAUAAGUGGCCUGCCAGCCCUUGGCCACAACGCCCAGCCAAAGAACUCCGAGAAAACCACAGAAAAUGGCGUCUCCUCCAAGAUCGACAUGAUAAGAGCUCUGCUGCGGAAGCUGGACGCUGCAGUGAAGUCCGGAAAGCAGUUCCUUGAGCAGAAAGUCCAGUAUCCGGUCCUUGGCCCCCCACCUUCCCGAAUGGCUGGUUUCUUCAACAGUGGGAGCUGCCAGUGCCAGACCAGCUUAUUUCACCUUGUUAGUGAAAUUUAUGAAUUAGAUACUAUUGGGUUAGAAGAUUCUGCAGCAAUUCAAGAGAGAAUAGGAAAUAGCUUUAAAUCAUUACUAGAACAACUAACAGAUCAAUUCAAUAAAUGUAAAGGUGAUUUGUUGGAAGUCAGGGAAGGCAGGUUCCGAACCCAUCCGAAUAUUUUAGAAAAUCUGGUCUUCUUCGUGGAGACCAUCUCCAUUGUUCUGUGGGUAUGCAGUUAUUCUGACGCCGUCCUCAGGCCCUACAGAUCAAGCUUGCAAAAAAAGAAAAAGAAGAAAAAAGAGAGCGUUGUAGCAAUGCCCCCUGUGUUCACCAGCUUUCAGGAUUACAUUUCCGGUCUCCAGACUCUCAUUUCCAAUGUGAUAGAUCAUAUCAAAGGGCUGGAAAUCAAUCUAGCUGCGCUUAAACUUGAAGAACUCUCCAUAGAGGACAAUUUACUGUCGCAGGAAGAAAAGAAGUUUACAAAGACUGUGCUGAGGAAAGUCCAGAACAGUUACCAACAUGCGAUACAGGAAAUGGGAGAACUGCUGAAAAAGAGACUUGAUACCAUCAAAACUCUAAAGGUUUAAGGAAGUGUGUCCUGGGUGCCAAGGGUCAAGAUUGAAAUGCCGACAACAGACAAGAAACAGCAUUUGCCACCAUCCCUUCAACGUUAAAAAUCUGGAACUUCCUCAUAAAUGCAUGAAGGACUUUUGAUCGUAAAAAUAGUUUUUUUUUAUGUAUUAAAAAGAUAUAUUCAAGCUGAUUAAAUUAUUGUACAUAAAAACCAGAAGCAGGGACCCUUGUCCGUCAGGGUUAGACCACUUUUUUAUACAUGUUCAUAAGCAUAUUGUAACAGAGGCAAAAACCCCUAACCUGUUUCACUUCCCUUUGUGGGGAGAGGGGGGCAUUCUCCAGAAGCUCUCUGGGGGCUUGAAGUCUUUAGAAGCAGCAAUAGAAAUCCAGUGUAAAGCAUAUUUCAAAGGAGUUUGUAUUUUUUCCAUCACACAAUGCAGCAUUUAUAGUUUUGUGUGCAAGUUUCUUGCCUUAGAAAAGCAGAAGUUCAGAGAGCCCAGUGCUCCACUGUGUAACUUCUUGGGUGUUCUUUCUUUCUCCCCGUCCAACACCCCCCCCCCUUGAGAACAGUUGUAUGACUGCUUCAUGAACUAAUUGGGCCAGGACAGGUGACUUUCUCCCCCACCCACCCCCCACUCCAGAACAGUUAUUUUUAUUCACACCAACAACCUAACAACUGAAGGCACUGCCUGAGUGAGUUGCAACCUGUGUGCCCUUGUGUGUCUUGCUUUCCAGUCCUGCAAGGAAAAACAAAACAAAAUCAAAAAAGUUGGUAUCUGCUUAAGUUUGUUCCAAGGUGAAAUAAUGACAAAAGAAACAUAUAAACUUGAUUGAAAACUCAACUUUGGCUGCAGCUCAGUGCAAAUGGAACUGUUGGCUAACGGCUGAAGGUGUGUAUAUGUAAUCUGUUCCAUAAACUCAACACACCUAUCUUCCUUUGUGUAAAAGAUGAAUUGCUGAGGUGGUGUCUGUGCCCUUGGAUGCUUCAUAUUAGGUGUAUGGCUGUAUUUCAAGCAAGUUUAUGUGGUGAGGAACAGGAUGCAUGGUCUGAGUUGUGCUUCCUGUUAUUCGUAAAUCUCUUAAGAUUGAUCCUGGGCAUCGUUAGGGAAUGUGCAUUAGAUAAAUUUUGGAUGAGACUCUAGAAAAUCAAUUUCAAAUCCUGUUCAUUCCCACCAUUCCAAACCUUUCAUCAUAUCUAAAACACUUUUGGUGAACAUUUGUGUAGGUUCCUCUUGGAUUAUGGAGUGUUUUAUUAAAUGCAUGGAAAUCAUCAUCUGGCCAAAAGAAAUGGCUUUCGAUAAAGUAUGUUGAUCUUCCUUUGCAACCAAAUACAAGCAAGUGUAGCAGACUUGAUUAUCCAGGCACCACCUUGAAUAUCCCUCCUCCCACUCCUUGUUAUUUUGUUCAUCAUGUUGCAUGGCACAGGCAGUCCUUGUUUUGUUUGGGGGUACCGUUCCAUAAGCCCAGCCCAUCCAGCCCCUUGUCAUGGCAUCUUUAUGACAUUUUGGGGCUACUUACGGGUUCAGCGAUGUGCGCUUGGGCACCAUCAUGCAUCAUUCAGACGCGCCUAAACUCGGAGUUGCCUCUACCACUAAACUUUUUUUCUACCAAAUUACAGCUGUUUCAGAAUCAAUGGGUACUGAAAAUAGGUAAUUUUUUUGGCAACAAAGACUUCAGGCUUUGGCAGAUACCUGGCUAAAGGAAAAACGAUAACAAGUUUUAAAUUUUUGAAAGAGCUGGUAGUCUUGGGGGAUGGCACAUCAUUUUCCCUAGAAACAAGUGGUGAGACGUUUCUCUUGUGGCCAGUCCACUACGGAUUCCUUAUGCAGAAUUCUAGGCCCUGUGAACUUUUGUGAUUAGCCUAUUUCUGCUAUUAAUUAGGAGGGAUCUGAAGACCUUGACCGUAAAAUUUUCAGGUGUACUUUUAGGAAUGAUCCGCACGGCUUUUAUUUCGCCAGUUGUGUUGAUGUGUUAGUACAUUCUAGCCACUUCAGCCUCCUUAAUCACCAUUUUGCACAGCUGAGGGGGACCAGUAGAUUUUCUGUGGCCAUCUUGACAUUCCCAGAAGUACCUGCUUCUUCCAGGAACAAUUCUCACAUAGAUAUGUUUUCUGUCCAGAAACCCCAGCAUCAUUCUUAGACACCAGACAAGAAAUCAGUCUUUAUUUAUUUUAAUCUGGAACUGUUCUUCACUCCAGCUACACAUGCAAUUUUUAGUGACAUACUGAAGUCUAGAUUUGCCAGUAGGAUCCAUUGGAGAAUGAAGGCCUUCGGUGCUUGCUUUUGGAAAUGAGGCUUUU